ACUCCGACUAUAUAGAAGAGCCACCGCGGCUCGGUCGGCCGAUUUCCACGCACGGACCCGCGAAUCGAGCAUCCACGUUCAUCGUCUCCUCUCCGGCAGUCAUGCGGACCCGCAUCCUCUUUAUCGCUCUGAUUUCAACGGCGCUCGCGCAACAGAAGGCGCAGAGGCCCUCGCGAACACCACCGGCGCAAAUCAAGUACAAUGAUCCUAAUGGUUCGAAGGUGGAUUGGAAGUUCUUCGCUCCGCAGAACCAAUGGCGUGCUCACCUGGAGACCUCGCAGCGCAGUCAGCGAGGCCAGGCCGAGUACGUGAAUAAUCCGCAGCAGUCGGUGCAGAGAACCCAGCAAUCUCAGUUAGUGGGGCUGCAACAGGAGCUGGAACAGGUGCACUACAAGCCAACGUAUCAGCAAGCCGAAUCGGCGCAGCCGGACGCGAAUCAGCACAGAGGGUAUCCGCAGAGCCAGCUGACCCAGCCGGACCCGAGUCAGUACAAGGGCUACUCGCAAACUCAGUCUCAACUGGAGCAACCGAGCCCUGUGCAGGUCCUCUACAGACCGUACCCGCAGCCGCAGACCCCGAUAGACGCUCAACCGGCGCCUAUUCAGGUCCACUAUAAGACGUACGCGCAACCCGAGCCAUCGACCGACGCGCAACCGCAAUCAGCUCCUAUUCAGGCCCAGUACAGGUCGUAUCCGCACCCUCAGUCGCGAGUGGACGCUCAACAGGAACAGCCUCGGUACAGAGUGCAUCAGACACCUCAAGCUCAGACCUCGGCGGAGGCGCAACCGGCUCCGGAGCAAGAUGUGGAUCAGCAGAAGGCGUACCUGCAGGAUCAGGCUCCGACUCAGGUGCACCCGGAACCUAAUCAGCUGCAGUACAAACCACUUUCCGCAGGUCCAGCCUACGUGAAGCAGCUGCUGCUGGAGAACUUCAAGCCGCAGCGGCCUUACGCGGACCCGACCGCGUUCUUGUACACCACGAACUACGUGCCCCAGCAACGCGAUCAGCAAUCGGCGAACGCCGAGCAGUCGCCUUACGAGCAGUCGUCGGAGAGCUACGAGCAGUCGGAGCUGCCGAAGACCAGGCGAGAGUACUCGGGCAGAGGGAUCCAAGGUAGAAUCGUCUACAAGGACGACUACAAGCAACGGGAUCAGCAGGAAUCGCCGCAGCUCCAAUACGUCCGGGUCCCGAUCGAGAAGCUACCCGCUCCGCCUUCGCCAAGGCUGGUCCUCGACAAGAACAUGCCUCCGGAAAUCAGACAGUUGUUGCAGUUCCAGGCCCAGCUGCCUUACGACGUCAUCGCCAACAGCAUCACCUACAAGCCAAAGACACUGUUCAUCCCCAAACCGCUCCCGCCCGAUGCCAGCGGCACCUAUCAAUAUCGCAGCAAGGUCUAUUAUCCGAACGUUGAGCAGUAUGAACCCGAGUUCGAGACGGCCAAGCCUGUUCAGGAAGAUCAGAGGCAUUGAGCGACGGCUCAGGAUGUUUUCCAUUGAGAAGUGGUAUUGAGUAUAUUAGGUUGUUCAACGGUUAUGGUGUUUCCGGGAGAGGAGGGGUUCCUGAGGCUAUUCGAAGCAAGUUUUUCCUUGGCGAAAAUGCAAUACGCGGCUUUCGAAUGAUCUUAGGAACGUAUAUUUUUCGAGGAAGUAACAUAGUUUUGGGAGACUUCGUAUACUGACGACACUGUUACAGCAACACUGUAUAGUUUUAGUAAUUUACGCAGGAGUUGCGCGAUUUUUCACGCGACCUCUGAACAAGGAGAUCGAACCUUUAGGAACAGAGUUACCGAUUUUGAUACUUGCUGUAGGGGUUUCAUUUUUGACAAUCUAUGUCUCUGUAUUGAAAUGUUUCUGCCAGCUUUUAGUUUUUAGAGUAAGCCGUGACAUUGGAAAUUGUUCUUGUUCGACGUUGUAGUAAAUUCCUGUAAUUGACCCUCGGCUUGUACGCAAGAAUGGAGAAUUUGAGGAAGAGGAGAUACGAUUAAUCAUUUU